CGUGGCGCUAGUGUCGGCCAUAUUUCUCCUCCGCUCGCAUUGGGCUCUCCUGUCGGCCGUGUUGACGGCGGUUUUUCUGUGCGGCGAACGCGAGGCGUUUGUAAUACUCGAACCCUUUUUUUUUGUUUCCCCACCAUCGCCACCACAACUGUUCGGCUCGCCGUCCAGGAAUGAUGAGCGAUGAAGAGCGCGACGUGGACAUCGAAAGCGACGAUUCCUCCUUCAAGGAUUCCUUCUUGAGUGACGACACGUCCCUUCCUGAGCAGAGGACACCGGUAGAUGCGGACAAGAGGGCGCACCACAACGCGCUGGAACGAAGACGAAGGGACCACAUCAAGUUCAGCUUCACCAGCCUACGUGACGCCGUGCCCUCUCUACAAGGGGAGAAGGCCAACUGCCCAAAGACUGGAAACAAGGGAAGGUCGUUCCAGUCUACAAAUCAGGCAUCGCGGGCUCAGAUCCUAAAGAAGGCGGCAGACUAUAUCCAGUCCAUGCGGCGCAAGAACACCGCACAUCUGCAGGACAUUGAGGACCUCAAGCGACAGAACAAGCUCCUCGAGGAACAAAUGUCUGAACGUCGCCGUCAUUCCUGCCUUGCAGUCCGGGCGCUGGAGAAGACCAAGGUGGCCGGCGGUGGUGGCUACUCGACUGCCCCCAUGCUCGAUGCCAUGAACAUCAAGGGGGACUCAAUCUCCGCCUUCGAUGGGGGCUCCGGGUCCGAGAGCUCCGACGACACGGACAACUCCUCCCGAGGCUCGCGGAAAAAGCUGAAGUCCAGCCCGGGCUCAACGCCUCUGCACCUUUGAGGAAGGCACCGGCGUUGUUCCAUCAGUUGCUUUGCCGUCGAGCAAGCGACGAGCCCUCAAAGAAGGCCUGCCCGGAUGCAACUGCGUCGAUGUUGAGCCAGAUGCCCUCUCCCUCUUGCCCUUACAUGCCUGUUACUAUUUUUUUUCUUCCUCGAUAACUGUUCCCUCUAUCAAGAGGGGCUGAAAAUGCAAGUGGAAGCAUGGGGGCUUUUGUGGGGGGAGGGUGUGAGGACGUUUUUAGAUGUUAUUUAUAUCUCGCGUGUGAUUUUAUUUUUUUUCUGCCCCCUUCAUUGUGCCCAUGUUGUGUGGCUUUUUCAUACUUGUACCUGUAAGCGGGCACAAACGAUUACGUACGACCGGGCGAGUCCUCGCCAGACGCUGCCUGCCCUUGGCCCUGGCUUUCUUAGGGGAGUGCUUGGCUAGUUUUGGCUCGCAGCUAUUACAGCGGAAUUAGGGCCCGUUCUCUCCUGAUAUGGGUGUGGAUUACGUUCUUUGUUCUCUCCUCUGCCUUCUUAGUGAUGAAUGGGAAGCUUUCUUGAAAUGGCAUUUGUAUGUGUGGGACGGUUGUGAUGCUCCGCUUGUGGUCUAUGCUUGGCGACUGUUGAGGGAUGCCUGCUGACAUGUCGAGUUAAAGGUGGUAGGGAAGCACGAGAUGAGUGGCGUUGGCGAUGAUAGCUUGUCCUUUGAUUGCCGCAUGCUUUUGGCAGUGCACUGUUCUUCCUAGGAAUGCGGUCUGCCAGUAUGUUUCGGGUGAAUUGACGACUCGUUUGGAGGUGGGAUGCAAGGCGAAUGAGUCAGGCUUGGCACUUAAAACGAAAGUGAUAAUUGAUGACAAUGGGAUUUUCUGCAUGUAUUGAGCAGGGCUUUGAGCCGGGGCCAGAACUUGACAUAUUUAAAAUCGGCCCAUUGCUCGUUUUUAGAUUUUGACUUCUCUCACUCUCAACUGCUGAUGACGAGGUACAGUUAUGGUCACUUGCGAAUUUUCAAAUGUAUUGGUUGCGAAACUUGAGUGUCUGGAAGUCUACUAUGAGGCAGGAGAACGUAAGUUCAGAGAAGUUGUGUAAAGAAAAGAAAUGUUCUGCCCAGGUGCCUGGGGGUAAAAAAAAAAAUAUCUUAAGCACCCAGGGCCUGCUGAAGGUCACGUGCUCAUCGGUGUAAUAGUGUCCCUUUGUGUGUUUGGAGCAAGUCUUGUUCAUAAGUUGAUUGUUUAUUUGUACAACUCGAAGCCCACUUAAUGUAAGGAGGCGUCCUGUGCUUUGUUGGUAAACUUGUGGUCUCCAGACGUUGCAAAAUUUUGAGCCUUGCUGUGGCAAAAACUUUUUUUUUUUUGCCUUUUCUCCAAUUUAUUUUUGCAGUUGUGUACAUGCAGUUUUUGUUGAAAUGCACGUAUGAUCAAAAAACUUUUCUUGUUCUGUGCUUUUGGAGGGUUUCCUCUCCCACUUGAGUGCAAAAACUGCUUUUCAUAUGCUUUUUUUCCUUUUCUUUUAGUAAUUUCUUUUAUAUUAAGCAAUAUUAUGGCCCCCUUUCAUCAGUGUUGCCUCAACUGACGAAAAUAACAACUUGUAGCUCACCGAAAGGCAUCUUUCCAUUGGAAAGAGGAAUGCAGUAAAAAGCCACCGGGCCACAUGAAACUGCCAGUGUCAUCUUUUCUGCUGGCUUUUCAUUAAGUACAGAUCGCUAAGAGCAGCUGAACGCUAACCACUAAAGAAUUGCAGGCCUUGCUCACACGUCUGCGUGCAUGCCGUCUCCAAUGUGUAAGUGCUGCCGCUUUCCAAACACGUGUAGCCAAGUGGCUCCUCGUGGGGUGGAAGUGAUCUGAAUGCAAAGCCAGUGCGAGGGGUCUGUAAUGCAACUCUGCAUUGUCAUGUUGCCCUCCUUCCUCAGCAAUAAGAAGCCCUUGGGAGCUUCUGUUUGGCUCGGGAACUAGAACAUAGGUCUCCAAAGACCCCUUCUGUUUAACAGCCCUCUUGUUAUCAUCGGCACUGACGCGAGAACCAUUCCCCUGCCUUCUAAAGAGUGGCACAAGCCACUGUUUUCUUUUUUGUUGUUGUGUACCUAAUUCAGUUGCGAACGUGGCCAGCCUCUGCCCGUCGAUACGUUAUCACUGCCUUCCUGCAAGCACAAGCAAAGGGCGCCGGAUUGGCGUUAACUGGACACAAUGAAUUUGAGCGUCAUCGAUUUUUUUUAAUUAUUAUUUCAGUGUUAUAGAUCAUGCAAUGCACUAAGUGUACCCAAAUGUGCCGUGUCCAUUUCCUCAAGCCAAUAAACUGUGGUCUGUACAUAAA